AUGGCGGGUAACAGCAUUCACUUUGCCAUGCGACUUCUCGAAGCCGCCGGCAUAUCGGAACCAGAAAACGGCUCUGUUCGCGGCAUCGCCCUUGGUGUAGCUACAUUCUCUUGUGGAAUCCAUGCUUUCUCGAGACGCGGGGGAAUUUUACUCAACAAUAUCCUCGCCGUCAUCAAAAUCAUGAUCAUGCUUCUCAUCAUUGUAGCGACGAUUGUCGUUGGUGCAGGAGGAUUCCCAGGUGCCAAGAAUGUCUUUGGCGAAAACACUUCGCCCAAGAAUUCUUUCAAAAGUGCGUCGAACGAUGCCAACAGCUACGCUCAAGCAUUUCUAGCUAUCAUUUUCAGCUUCUCUGGCUUCGAGCAGCCCAACUACGUUCUUGGGGAAAUUAGUAGGCCGAAGAAAAAGUUUCCUGUCGCCAUGGGUGCCGGUGUUGGCACCGUUGUGACACUUUACCUUGCGGUGAAUAUUUGCUAUAUGGUCGUUGUCCCAAAAGAGGACCAGAUCAACGAAAAUGUUGCACAAAAGUUCUUCGAACUGACAUUUGGGACACUUGGCUCAGCGAGCGACACCGGGGCCCGGAUCUUCAACGCCUUUCUUGCCAUCUCAUCUUUAGGCAACAUCAUCGUCAUGACAUACACAGCCGCCAGGGUUAAGCAGGAGAUUGCGAAAGAAGGAAUGCUUCCGUGGCCCAAGUUCUUUGCACAAAACACGGAUAUGAGCAUCGGCCGUGUACUGCGCUGGUUCCAGAGGAAGGGGUGGUUUUCAUCGAUUCUUCGACUGAAGUGGCUUUCGCCAGAGCAUCACAGCGAGAAAACCCCCGUUGGAGCCUUGCUUCUGCACUUCGUCAGCUGUACCAUACUCAUAUUCGCGACCUACAAUAUGAGCCCAAAAGAUGCCUACACCCUGCUCACAUCCCUGAGCGCCUAUGUCAUCAAUGCCUUCAUCGGGACGUUCCUGGGGCUUGGCAUCCUCAUCUUGCGAUUCCGCGGACCUCCGACUACCCUUAACGACGACGACGCUUCGACAUUUGGGAAAGAUCCGCGGCCGUUGCCGCGUACUUGGGCCGAGAUGACUGGAAAGCGUUUCCGUCCCUUAUUGUCCGUCUUUUGCGCUUUCGUCUACAUGUGCGGUGGGCUUUACCCGGUGAUCACCAACUGGAUUCCUCCUUCGAAGUACCUAUCUACGCAGCUGAAUCCCUGGUGGGUGAUUCCCACGGUCUCAUGGAUCAUCAUCGGUCUAGGUGUUGCUUGGUUCAUCGGCUUCAUUCUUGUCGCUCGUUAUAUUGAGAGGAAGGAUCAUAGAGUAUUUGUAGUAGAGAAGAAGCCGGAAUUCGAGCAGGCAGACAGUAGCGGCCGGGGCUCGACGGAAAUUGGGCCCGAUCUUAUACAGGUCCACGAGACUGUCUAUCUGAGCUGGGUUGGAAGGGAAGCGCUUCGUGCCCGGCGUCCGGUGUUUGACGACUCCAGACAAACCAAUGCCGAUAUGAGGGAAACACCAGUGUCCCCUUUCGCCGGGACUGAUUUUGCUGCAUUCAUGCAGCAGUCACCAGGAAGAGAAGGGCAUUGGUGA